AACCACCGUCUGUCCCACUUCGUCCUUUGCGGCCUCCAGACCUAUUAUCCAUACUAGGUUGCCUGCCAUUUCGCUUUAAUCUCUCACUUUCCUCCUUUCUUCACCUAGUCAUCCUUACCGUACCAUAUCAUACCAUAUACCAUACUCAACCAAAAAUUCUUAUUCUCCCCCCUCAGCCUUGUCCUGAGAUUACCACGGUUUGGUUUUGUUCGUCAUCGACCAACAUUAAGGUCGCACUGCGCCAUUUUCUAUCGUGAACCCCCCCAAAAAGGAGAAAGAGGCCAGCAAUAUGUCUGAGCCUCGCUAUCGCUACUCGGGUCGUAGGUCGCCCACCUACAACCCCGCGCGAGCCUCGAUGCCAGUAGGCGUCGGGUACAACCCUCAUUACAGCGGGGAUCUUCAUACCGUACAGACUGGUCAUUAUAAUUCUGCUGUUCCGCGGAGAGUGCAAGAACACAAAACAUCUUCAACUCCUACGACCACUGUAACUACUUACAACGUCACCAAAGACCCUCCCCCUCCUCCUCCCCCUGUGACUCAGCGAACAUCUAACACUGCACGCCGUCGCUCGUCAACGGUAGACUCGGCAGCCGUAAAGCCCAUUAUAGUCACCACCAAUCAUGCGACCCGACCCCAUGGAUCCUCUUCUCACACGUCAUCUGCUGCUCGCGCAACUAGUCCGUCACGCGAUCCCUACAGGUCUAGCGAUGAGACAUACUACACCCAACCAGCCUCCUCGAUACCCUCGACCCGUGGUCAGCACCGCCACACUCACGGCUACACCCAAAGCGCAACCCUCAGCAACGAUGAAUUCUACCGAUUGAGGGAACGCGUCGGCGACGACAGGCUCCGACCCCCGCAGCACACCGCGACCGAUUAUUACCGCUACUCGCUGCCCCACGCUAAUCAGCUACCUCACGCUACCUUUGCGACGCCACCCCACGAUCUCGGCGCCGCGGUUAUCGACUACGAAAAUGAAGGGUACGAGUACACCAAGCCCAGCGACCUGGCGCGAUACGACCUGGACCACGAUCGCCAACAGCGGGGUCGCAGCCGACGGGAGAGCACCGACCGCAGCAACGACCGCCCUUACUAUCGCCCCACGGUGAACGUCGUGAGCAACGAGCCCGGCGGCCGCUUCGACGGCCAGGCUCGUGGUCGCGGGCCGCCACCCCCCUCCUCCGGUCUCGAGCGCUACAACCGUGCCGCCGCAUCCGGGCUGUACGACCGCCCCACCGUCACCAUGCCCGCCCUGCUGCCACCCGUGCCCGCCGCGCCACCCGUCGAUCCCCUCCGUAGGAUCGAGGCACCCCCGCGGGACGCACAGUCAGACGAGCGCGUGGAGCGGGAGCGUCGGACCACGCGCCCGCGCCCCGUGUCUCUGUACCAGGAUGCGCCCGCGCGCAUGUCGCACUCGGACGACCUGUACCGCUCGCACGAUGAUGAGCGCGUGCACCGCCGCAGCACGCAACCGCCACCGCCACCGCCUCUAACAUUACCAUCCCGGACGGAGCGCGACGACGGUUACCGCGACGACGACGUGACGAACCGCGGCUUCGGCAUCCGCACCGACAAGACCCUAGAACUACCCGUGGACCGAUCAGACCGCCCGGCGCGCUCGGUCGACCGACGCGACUAUGAUGACCGACGCAGCGUGCGCCGGGACGUCCCUGGCACUGCUGAGCGCGGUGAGCCAAGGCGGCGGUCUGACGAGUCGAUCGACUACUCGCGGCAGCCGACCGAGCACACACUCACGCGCGUGGACUCGGCCCGCGAGCCGAAGCAGUCGCAGCAGCCGCCGCCGCCAGAGGGUCUCAAGCGGAAGAACAGUCUCGGCGGACGCUUUGCCGCGGGGCUCGGUGCCGUCGCUGCGUCCAUGGGACUUACGGCUAAAGAAGCGGCGUCGGCAUCAGCCGCGGAAGAGGAGCGCAAGGUAUCUCCUCGCCGUGGGCGGGGCCCGGCGGAUGAGGAGGAAGACCUGAGGAGUGCGUCGCGUGCUGGGGAUCGACAUAAGCUGAGAGAGAGGGAGAGGGAGCCACUUUCGGCGACUGCGGAGCGAAAAUCUGCUCCGACUUUGGACCUUGAGGACGAUGGCGUCUCGGAGCGGCGGAGGGAGACCCGCAGAGGAGGAGAGCGUGAGCGUGCAGGCUCGGUGCCGCCGUCUGCCAAGGACCGCGAGCUCGAGAGAGAGCGUGUCCGUGAGCGUGCGUAUGAGCGUGAGAGGGAGAGAGAGCGCGAUCAGCAGCGGGAGGCGGAGGAGAAGAAGGAGCGAGGUCGGGAUGUAGGCUCUCGCGACCGUUCGAAGUCGCGAGAUCGCGAACGUGAUCGCGAUGUCGACCGACGGGAUGCCGAGGCCAAGCUAAACGGGUUGGCGGUCCCAGAGACCAGAGAUGACGCACCCGCCUCUGACGAGGCCGCAGGUGCGUCACGAAGACGGCGACCCAACUCUGCAUCCUUUGACCCUACCGACACCGCUGACUUACUCAACGUCAAGGCGGAGCUGGCUGCGAAGGACAAUCAAGAGAAGGCCAAAGAUAAAGCUGCCGCCAAGGAGCCGACCUUUGAGAAGGAGAAGGAGACGGCCAGUGACCGGCAGUCCGUCGACUCACGCGAGGAGUCGCGUGGGCGCGACCUCACCCCCUCCUCUUCCUCCUCCUCUUCCUCCAAAGAAGAGAAGCAAGUACGUGUAGUCUCCCCACCACGCGACAAGUCGGAGCACAAGCCCAUCAAGGGCAUCCUCAAGCCUCCCAAGGUAAAAUUUCCUGAAGAAGAAAAUCCGAUCCGGGAAGGCGUGGCGCCGCACAAGGACGACAAGUCGAAGAAGGGCGUCCCCCCCGGCGCGCGGUGGACCAAGAUCAACCGCAAGCUGAUCAACCCGGCGGCGCUCGAGAUCGGAAAGGAGCGGUUCGAGGUGCGCGACGACUUCGUCAUCGUCCUGCGCGUCCUGAGCAAGGACGAGAUCCAGGCCUACGCCACCGCCACCGCGCAGAUAAGGGAAACCAAACGCAGAGAAUACGAAAAAGAAGCCCGCGGCGAGCGUGAACCCUCUGAUGAGGACGGCACCAACGGCACCAAGCGCAGCUCACGACGACACCGACGUACUACCGGUGGCGACUACGACGAUGAUUAUGAGUACAAGCGCGACCGGGCUGGCAACAACGAGGACCGGGAGCUGCAGCGUCGGCACCGGCACCGGCGGGGGUCGGACUCUGACGACGAUGGGCGUGGCCACCGUGCCAUCGAGUAUGAUGUCGGCGGGCACGGCGGGCGCCAUGAUGUACGGCACCACCGGGUCCAUCGCGAUCGCGACUAUGAGUCUGUUACUGUGAACUCGGAUGAUAGGCGGUAGAUGAAUCACUGCCAUUUUCCUUACGUUUCUCCUUUUGCUCGGCGAACUGGCGCUGUAAGAUGGAUAGAUGGAUGGGACGUAUACGAUUUCAAUAUCCAAAUAUACAUAUAUAACCUGUCUACCUGCCUAUAUACACCUAUGCAUAUACCCUGGGUACCCACCUACCUACCUCAACUUCUUUACCUCCUCGCACAUACCUACAUACUUACCACCACAUCACACCACAUCACAUCAACGAAAACAAAACACGACUCGUUCCAAAUAAAACAGUUAGGAUUCGAAGACGGACGGAGGAGAAAAGUAUCUACCUACUUGCAUGUAUACAACCUAUUCUACUAGAUCGGAAAGUUUUACGACGGCGAUGUACUGUAUGUGUACCUACCUUCCCUGUGUAGGAAAAGUAUAUACCUAUGUAUGGAUGUAUGGAUGAAUUGGAUGGCUUACGAAGCAAGA